AUGGCGACCAUGACGGCUACAGCCCCUGCCCAAGUGCAGACCAAAUCUGGCACGGGAAAGGCAUCUGGGAAAUCCCUCGUGGGCGAGUUCAACUGGCAUGAUGUGCUCGUGCCUGAAAACGCCGGAGCCGGUCUCACCAAAUGGCAUUACCAACGUCGAACCCUCGUGCAGUACGCAUGCUUGUUCGCAGCAGGCCUCACGUCGUUCUACAAGUUCCAGUCCCCUGCUCUCCGGGCGGCCGGUCUGGGUCUUCUCUUCCCGGGAGCUGGUCUCGUCGCCGUCUGCACGAUUCCUUCGAUCCUGUCGUUCGUGGUCUCCUGUGCUCUGAUCCCCUUGGUUCUCUUUGCGUGGUUCGGGAUGGGCGGCUUGGUUUUCCCCAUUGCCCUCUGGGUUGGCACCGCCGCCCUCUCAGCAGUGCUGGCAAAAGAGUCUGUCCUGGAGCUCGCCGGCCCCUUGAUGUCGGCCGUGUGCGUAGGUGGCAUCAUCUACCUUGCCUAUGCCUGCCAGCGGGCCAACGCCGAGGCACGGAAGAAGCGAGCAGCUCGCAACAGCUACCUGGUCGAGGAGGUUCAGAGAAACCAAACACACGCGGCUGCGGCUCCCGAGCCAGGCACGCGGGAGGUCGACGAGAAGACCCUGCGCUUCGUGCAGUGGUAUCUGGAACUCGGCCUGACCCCCAAGGAUGAUUUCUCGUACCACGACGUGAUCGACCAGUUCCAGACGUCGGCCAUUCGAUACCAGCUCUACGAGGCUGUCAAUUGCCUGGGGAUGUACCAGAACGUCUACUGCCCCAAUUUCCACGGCUACCUGUCUCAGGCACAACGCAACGCCAUUGACAAGAGCUUUACCAAGAAGGUGAUGGACUUCUGGAAAUGGGAGUCCAUGGCCGGCAAAUUCAAUGCCCACGACUGGGACCCGUGCAAGAAAGACAACAUCAUGGUGACGGGCUACAUCCUGCAAGCCGUGGGCAUCUACCAAUCCAACACGGGCGACGACCGCUACACCAAGCCCGGCAGCAUGACCUUUGAGAUUACCGACUCGCUCAAGUUCCCCUACGACCUUCGAGGGGUGGCCGACGCCGUGUACAGAAACAUGAACGAGGCGGCGUACUGCCUCUACCCUUGCGAGCCCAAUUGGCUCUACACGCCCUGCAAUCUGGUUGGUAUCGGCGGAAUUCUCCUCACCGACCGUCUUCUGGGGAACAAGUACGGCGAGGAACUGCGCGGGCGGUUCGAGCACGCCCUGGAGACCGAGUUCAGCGAGCCAGAUGGGACGAUCCUGCCGAUCCGCAGCGAACUUACUGGCUUCACGAUUCCUGGUCUCGCGGGCGCCAUGUCCGACAUGGUGAAUUCGAUCCUCUGCGCCUCGUAUCUGCCUCACAUUGCACACCGAAACUGGGCCUUUGCCAAAAAAGAAACUCUCCGCUACAACGACCAGGGCCGGUUGGAAGUGCGCAACCUGCUGGGCGCCGACAUGCUGGACGCGGGCAACUACAAGUCUGGCGAAGGGGCGAUCCGGACCAUCUGCGCGGCCGCGGCGGCCGAGUACGGCGACGAGGCGAUGCGGGUGGAGCUCCUCCGCCAGCUCGACGACGAGUACCACCCAGUGUUUGCGACCAAGACUGGGGCGCUCAAGAACCGCGGCGUCAGCACGCUCGCGCAGGGUACGACGCUGCGCGCCCGUCUCGGUCGCUUCCAGGACUGGACGACCAUGAUCCAGCGCGGGCCGCCGGCGCAUGUCUUCCGCGCUCCGAUCCUCGACGCCGUCGCCUUCCCCGACGUGCUCGUCGCAAAAUGCUACAGCCGCGACGGCGAGAGCGUCGAUCUCGUCCUCUACAACGGCCGCGAGCCCGGCGUGUUCCGUCUGGGCUUCACCCGGUGCGAGCCCGGUCAGACAUAUGCCCUGAUGGGCCAGGAGGCCGUUGCUGGGCAGGACGGCACCGUGGCGUUUGACGUGAGGAUUGACGGGCGGACCGAGGGGCGGUUGGAGCGCGUCAAGGCGAAUUGA